AUGGGUAGUAUUAAUCAAAUUGAUGUUUAUAAGAUUAAGACAAAAAAUGAAAUGUACCUGUCAAUUAAAAUGACAUCGGGUCAGCAAGAACCUCGGUCAUUGACAAACAGAAUGUCCGCUGUCAUCUUUCACGCAGUCGAUUUUGAUCAAUUAGAGGUGGGUUGCAUUCAUAAUAUGGUGCUUCCGAAUUCAUGUUCUGGCAGAACGCCACUGAUGUCACCACACAGUUAUAUGAUCACAUUCAAGUUGUUAAAGGAAACCCUCCCAGCUUUUCACCAUUGUGUUGCAAUAAAUACUCAAACUGUGGCAGCGUGGUCCUGA